UCGAAAUGCAGUGUAAAUAAUUCAUUAUGUAAUGAGCCCGCGCGCCGGGGAGCGCCGGGGAGCGGGGCCGUCGCUUUCACUCAGUCCGCGUUUAAUUGCCGCACGAUUCUGUUUACUUCUAUUUAUUCAACUGUUUCGAGUGCUAAAUAAUAUCAAAGAAUAAGUGUAGACUCGACGCGCGUAUCUUAUCACAACCACUCUAUUGAUCACUCGCCAUAUAUCGUCAAGGCCCCGCCUUGUACGGACGCGCCGGCCACCUUUAUCCACCAAUUUAUUCAAUAACUGUGACCGCGAUGUUCUUGUGAAGUCAUUAUGUGUGCGCCGAAAUAGAAUCUAAAGGAAAACGUAGUGUUAAUAACAAUAGUUGGUGUUUGUGCGUCGUCGGCCAUGGCUGCGAAGUCCCCCGUGCAGCGGCGCGAGGUGAUCGGCGGGGAGCAGUUCGAGCAGCGGCGAGAGGUGUUCGGGCAGCACGACACCGUGUUCCUGCCGCCGUCGCCGCCCGUGUCGCCCGUGUACCGCGCCGUGGAGCCCAUCGUCACGUCCGCGCACGGCAUCACCACCGCCAACUUCAAGCGCAACGGGCCCGCGCAUUCCAGCAUGCGCGAGCCGCGAGCGCAGCCCGAGUUCCGCGCCAGAAAGUACAGCGAUAACUACUCCGACCUCGACCAGAGCGACGACGCCGACUACCGCCGCAGCAUGACCGACCGCACGCGCCGCCUGUCCAAGAUGCGACGAGACUUCCUCACCUCCAACCUGCACGACCCCAGCGAGUCCCCCUUCGCGCGCAAGGGCACCCGCGCUACGCUGCCGUCCAGCAUCGAGUUCAAGCUCUACAAGUUCCCAUUCGCCGAGCCGUACGCGACGCCUACGCCGGUGCGCAAGGUCAGACUAGAACUCGGACCCUCGGACGGCAUCGACGCGGCUGACAAGGAGAACGAUGACCCGGAAGCGGAAACUACAGAAACUAAACAUCAGAGCCUGCCUGUUGCUAGUAACAACAACAACACAACCAAGAUAGACCAUCAGAAACUAUUUGAGGAGUUGGUGAAAAGGUAUUCGCCGCAGCGCAAGCCUGUCGACUGGACCCUGCCCCCGACCAAGCCUAGGGUAGUCGGAUCCGUGCCCAAGACCCGUGGGGCCAGCAUCGACGAAAGGAUUGUUAACGGCGACAAAGAUGCCGAAACUAAAGAUAUGGUGAAUGGCAAACAUGCUGUACCGGCCGUCAAAGUGAAUGACGAAAGCCAUGACUCUACAAUAUCGAUCACUGAGCUGGCUGAAAAGAAUGACAGAGUCCCCGAGCUGUCCACUAUUCAAAGGCAAAUGAGCCGCGAAGACAAAAGGCCACAUGUGGACAAAUCCACCGAUUUGAGCAUUCCGGCGUUGAUCGACAAGAUGACUGCCGAAGGCCAGGACUUGGAAAGUCAUAAGAACGACAAGAAAAAAGUCAAAAGGAAGCGGAGUUUCAUCGACAAACUUCUAGGCAGAAAAAAAGAUAUCAGGAGUCAGUGAUACGAUGGCGAAUGGAAACUUAUCGAUGUUAAAAGCUACCAAAGAUUACAUCAAGGUUGUGAGAUAUGACGCCAGUUGCAGUAAUCUUUUAAUAUUUAUUCUUUUCGGUUUUUAUUCGAUAAGUUAUUUAGUGGGUAAUUUAUAUAUUUAUAGUAAUUAUUAGGUUUCGACUUCCUUUUGUCACUUUUUUAUUAUCUUAAUGCAGUGUAGGUUAUCUCUGUAUGAUAAAACGUAAGUGCCAUGUGACACUCCAUAUCAUCAAAAUUCUAAGUACUUGUGUAGGUGUCGCAACUAAAUAAAAUUAUAGUGAAUGCUGUACAUUUAUCUACUCACAUAAGUGCUAUGUUAGACCAGCUAUUCAUUAUGUAUGUACCUAACUCUAUACGUAUCCAGGCGUAUGACUAUCCACUGAUGUGCGUAAUACUUACUUGCCUAUAUAAUUAUCUUUACUACUUUAUUCCAUUAUGGGUACAGUUGGUGUAAAUUAAAAUCUUAAGUAACUAUUUAACUAAAAGUCAUUCCUGCAUGGCGCUUUUCAAAAUGUAUAAUAAUUUUAAUAAGUAUAUUUUUAUGAUUUUGUAAAAAGUAUUGAACAAGGUAAUAAUAAUAAUAAAAUAUUUUAUAGAUAA